CUCCUCUGUUUCCUGUGCAGUAGCUCCCGUUGCGGCGGCGCCCGUGGCAGCCCUGGCGGACGCAGGAGCGAUGGCAGCGACCGAUAUAGCUCGCCAGGUGGGUGAAGGUUGCCGAACUGUCCCCCUGGCUGGACAUGUGGGGUUUGACAGCUUGCCUGACCAGCUGGUGAAUAAGUCAGUCAGCCAGGGCUUCUGCUUCAACAUCCUGUGCGUGGGAGAGACAGGUUUGGGCAAGUCUACUCUCAUGGACACCUUGUUCAACACAAAGUUCGAGGGGGAGCCAGCCACCCACACACAGCCCGGUGUCCAGCUUCGGUCCAAUACCUAUGACCUUCAAGAGAGCAACGUGGGGCUAAAGCUCACCAUUGUUAGCACAGUGGGCUUUGGGGACCAGAUCAACAAGGAGGACAGCUACAAGCCCAUCGUGGAAUUCAUUGAUGCACAGUUUGAGGCCUACCUGCAGGAGGAGCUGAAGAUCCGACGAGUGCUGCACACCUACCAUGACUCUCGAAUCCAUGCCUGCUUAUAUUUCAUUGCCCCCACCGGUCAUUCCCUGAAGUCGCUGGACCUGGUGACAAUGAAGAAGCUGGACAGUAAGGUGAACAUCAUCCCCAUCAUUGCCAAGUCAGAUGCCAUCUCUAAGAGUGAGCUAACGAAGUUCAAAAUCAAAAUCACCAGUGAACUUGUCAGCAACGGCGUCCAGAUCUAUCAGUUCCCUACAGACGACGAAUCGGUGGCAGAGAUCAAUGGAACCAUGAAUGCUCACCUGCCAUUUGCUGUCAUUGGAAGCACAGAAGAACUGAAAAUAGGCAACAAGAUGAUGAAGGCUCGGCAGUACCCUUGGGGCACUGUGCAGGUUGAGAACGAGGCCCACUGCGACUUUGUGAAGCUGCGGGAGAUGCUGAUUCGGGUCAACAUGGAGGAUCUGCGGGAGCAGACCCACACCCGGCACUAUGAGCUAUACCGCCGCUGUAAGCUGGAGGAGAUGGGCUUCAAGGACACUGACCCUGACAGCAAACCCUUCAGUUUACAGGAGACAUAUGAGGCCAAACGGAAUGAGUUCCUGGGGGAGCUGCAGAAGAAAGAAGAGGAGAUGAGACAGAUGUUCGUUCAGAGAGUCAAAGAGAAAGAAGCGGAACUCAAAGAGGCAGAGAAAGAGCUGCAUGAGAAGUUUGAUCGCCUCAAGAAACUGCACCAGGAUGAGAAGAAGAAGCUGGAAGAUAAGAAGAAGUCCCUGGAUGAUGAAGUGAAUGCCUUCAAACAGAGAAAGACGGCGGCCGAGCUGCUCCAGUCCCAGGGUUCCCAGGCUGGAGGCUCACAGACUCUGAAAAGAGACAAAGAGAAGAAAAACUCUUACUGUUUUACAGUUAACUCUGCUGUUUGCUGCAUGCUGCAUGAGGCCCAGGGUCCUGUAACCCAUGGCUGUGUACCGAAUAGUAUUCCCCGCUACAGCUGGACUGGACUCCAUUUAGCAUUUUAAGCCAAGGUUCCUAUUUUAACUGACAGCUUUCCUUUGGGGUGCCAGGCAGCUGGGCUCCCCAGUCCUGCCUCGCACUCUAAGCCCCACUUCUUUUUGAGUUCUGCAACUUGUUCCUGCCUCCUACUCCCACUGGCACUGACGGUGACCUCCUUUUCUUUUCUCUUUUUUUGUAAGGUUGUUUUUUGUUUUGAUUUUUUUUUUUUUUGAUCACUUACUCUCAAAUCAUACAGGCAAACAAGGCCAGGCCAAAUUUCCAGGCCUUUUUGCAAAGAGGAAGGAAUUUUUCUCUUUUCAAUAAUAGAUCAUCAUGGGAAGCCAAAAAUAAGCAAAAAGUAGACAAAAUGGAAAGCAGAUCAACACACACACUUUUUUCUUGUUGGCAAAGCAAGAAGGUGGUUUUGAUAGGCAUUGUUUGGCAACUCACAGAUUGGCUGGUGGCUGCAGUGAAGUAUGGAGGUGAUAGGGCCAAUGUAGAAGUAAUUUCAUGGGAAAAGCCAAAUCGGGGUGGAGCAUUUUAGGAGACCAUAGACUUCAAGUAAGAAAAGAACCAACCAGCCCCAGCACCCAAAACCCCAAAACCCUUUGGCUACUCAGCCAGUAGCUCAGAGAGAUGCUGAGUUGGGGCUGCCGAGUCUCCCUGAGAAAGGCUUCUGUAGCUUUGAUGUUUGUGUGUCUACCUUCAGAGAUUACCACCAGGUAACCACUACUACCUGGGUCAUUAUUUGCAUUACAAACAGGGGCCCCUUCGUUUGCAUGUGUUCACAGAUGACUUGAGACUUGAGAAGCUCUAACUACUUCCAAAGUGUUAGAGCCACACAGUCUUGGAGAGGCUUUGAGAAGCUAAGCAAGAAUUUUGUCUGAAGGGAGAAAUUUUGGCCAGGAAGAUAAAUAGAAGCCACUUAGUUCCUAAGAGAAAAUUGAAGCCCAGAGAAAUGAAGGCACUUACAUGCCUGGGAUCCUGCUGUUGUCCUGUAGCAGAAACCACACUGGAUUCCAGGUCACCUUGCCUCCCAGUCCACUGUAUCAAAGGAUGCAGGUGGUCUCUCUAGACUCGUGUAUGUUCCUGGGGACAAGGCCUUUUGAUGCUCAGUGAAACUGCGUAGUCGGUAUUAGAGGAUCCUUGAAGUUUUCUCCCCACAGAAAACCAUCCUGGGAGGAGGUGUGUGAGGUGACAUUGGGCAAGGUGAAGGCCCCUGGGCAGCUUCUUAACCUCAUGCUGUUGCCAACAGGGGCAUGAGUGGGUCACCUUGGCGCCAAGGUUGGAACAGGGUGAGUAGACGCAUAACAGGUGCUCUGGGUGAGCCUUGUGAAUCAGGGAAGAUGGGGAAAGAAAACUCGAACCUGUGGGUGAAGAUAGGCCUUUCUAAGGCUGGGUGAGCAUAUUAAAAGAAUUAAAAUGCUUAUUCCAUUGGAUAGCUUUCUUUUUUCCAAAGUAAACAGAAUUUUGUGUCCUUCCAUGAAAAGGCUGUUUUUAUUUUUUUUAAUAAAUACCAUUGUUACUAUUCUUAAACAGAAUACCCUAACUUCUCUGUUUACUUCUGGUGAACACAACCAGUCAUUAGAAAUGGUCUGUGCUUUCAUUUGCCCAGAAAGGAAUGGAAUGGAAUGGCUUCACACACACACACACACACCCUUUAUUUCCCUGAAGCCAGCAAGGGUGCUUUCCCAAUGCAGAUCACUUUGGUUUUUGUUUUUUUCUUUUAUUCCUUUGGCCUUCACCUGCGGCUGUUAAUAUGUGCUUUUUUUUUUUUUUUUUUUUUUU